AUGAAAGCGACAAAUACUGUACGAAUGAAAAUAUAUCGUCAAAAUCUAACUGCUCAAACGGUUGGUAUUGUGCCUCAAGAUGAUCACCAACGUACUACUCGAAAGUUAUCAUCAAAAAUAAAAAAUAGUCUAAUUUUAUUUUAUGGUCGAGAUGAUAUUUCAUAUCAAAUGUCUGGAAAACGUGAUACUAUUAUCACCAAUGAUAAUGGAAACAAAACAACAUGUCAAAAAAGAAUUCUUCUUUAUACUAUUCGAGAAGCAUACAAACUUUUUCUUGCUGAGAAUCCAGGUAUUUCUGUGGGCCGAACGGUUUUUGCUGAAAUACGUCCUAAACAUAUUUCAGUGAAAUCGUCCAUAGCACAUCGUGUAUACGUUUGCAUAUAUCAUGAAAACGUGAAUUUACUAUUAAAUAGUUUAUCUAAACAUGUCAAUGGAUCAUUUUGUUCAGAUUUAUAUUCAUUUACAUCGACUCUUGUUUGUGAUGAGUCAAAUUAUGAUUGUAUAAAUGUUCAAAUUAAGUGGUACCAAUGGAAGCAUAUUAAUGGUUAUGCCACAAAAGAAGAGCAACAAGAAUCAGUUGAACAAUGCAUUGAAUUAUUAUCUUCCAAAGUGAAGACAUUUUUAUUACAUGUUUACAUUAAACGUCAGCAAAUUGAUUAUAGUGAAAAUUUCGAAAUAAAACAACAAGAUGAAAUUCAAUCUGCUUAUUGA